AUGAAAACGAGUGAGAAGUGUUUUCAGGAAAAAGUUAAGCAGCGAUUAAUCGAGAUCGCGAAUCACGUUGACAAGUUUUACAGAGCCCUGAACAUCCGCAUUGUGCUGGUGGCGGUGGAGGUGUGGACCGACAUUGACAAGUGCUCCAUAAGCCAGGACCCCUUCACCAGCCUGCACGAGUUCCUGGACUGGAGAAAGAUGAGGCUCCUGCACCGACGAGCCCACGACAAUGCCCAGCUCGUCAGUGGGGUGCAUUUCCAAGGGACCACCAUUGGCAUGGCGCCCAUCAUGAGCAUGUGUACUGCCGAGCUCAUGGACCAUUCGGACAGCCCCGUGGGGGCGGCCGUGACCCUGGCACACGAGCUGGUGCACAAUUUCGGGAUGAACCACAACACGCUGGAGAGGGGCUGUAACUGCAAGACGGCUGCGGAGACCUGGGGCUGCAUCAUGAACCCUUCGACCGGAUACCCGUUUCCCAUGGUGUUCAGCAGCUGCAGCCGGCGGGACCUGGAGAACAGUCCGGAGAAAGGCAUGGGAAUGUGCCUCUUCAACCUGGCGGAAGUGAAGCAGUCCUUGGGGGGCCAGAAGUGUGGCAAUGGCUACAUGGAGGAAGGGGAGGAGUGCGACUGUGGGGAGCCAGAGGAGUGCACAAACAGCUGCUGCAACGCCACCACCUGCACCCUGAGGCCAGAAGCUGUGUGUGCACAUGGGCUGUGCUGCCAGGACUGCCAGCUGAAGCCGGCAGGGACGGCAUGCCAGGCCCCCAGCAACGCCUGCGACCUUCCGGAGUUCUGCACAGGGACCGGUCCUCACUGACCACCCAACGUCUACCUGCACGACGGCCAUGCGUGCUAGGGGCUAGAUGGCUACUGCUACAAUGGUAUCUGCCAGACUCAUGAGCAGCAGUGUGUCACGCUCUGGGGACCAGGUGCUAAUCCUGCCCCUGGGAUCUGCUUUGAGAGGGUCAACUCAGCCGGUGACCCCUACGGCAACUGUGGCAAAGACUCCCGAAGCUCCUUCGCCAAAUGUGUCAUGAGAGACGCCAAGUGUGGCAAAAUUCAGUGCCAAGGUGGUGCCAGCCGGCCAGUCAUUGUUACCAAUGCCGUUUCCAUAGAAACGAACAUCCCGCUGCAGGAAGAAGGACGGAUUCUCUGCGGGGGGACCCAUGCCUACCUCGAGGAUGACAUGCCAGACCCAGGGCUGGCGCAGGCUGGCACAAAGUGUGCGGAUGGAAAAAUAUGCCUCAACCGCCACUGCCAAAACAUCAGUGUCUUUGGGGUCCAUGAGUGUGCGGCCCAGUGCCACGGCAGAGGGGUGUGCAACAACCGGAACCACUGCCACUGUGAGACCCACUGGGCCCCUCCCUUCUGCGACAAGUUUGGCUUUGGAGGCAGCACUGACAGCGGCCCCACCCGACUAGCAGGUCGCCACAGCCUGCCCAUUGGAGUCCUGGUGGCCACCUUGUGCCUUCUCGCUGCCGGGUCUGUGGUCUACCUCAAGAGGGAAACUCUGAUACAGGUGCUGUUUACAAACAAGAAAAACAACAUUGAGAAACCGAGGUGUGUGCGGACGCCCCGGUCCAGCAGCGGCGCCCCACCUCCACAGGCUUGCCACCCCCAACUGAGCAAAGGCCCGACAGGGAAGCCACCUCCUGCCUGCACUCCGAAGGGCCACCCCAGAAGACUGCUGCACUGCCGGCACAUUAACAUCAGCAGCCCCCUCAAAGCCAUCGAUGCUCCUCUGCCAUCCAGUUAACCUCCGCGAGUGCUCCCAUCCCACCACCAGGCUCCACAGGCCCUCGGCAUCCCUGCCAGACCCCUGCCCACCAACACUGUGCUCCAGCAGGCCCAGGGAACCUGGAAGCCACAGCCUCCUCAGAAGCCUUUGCCAGCAGAUCCUGUGACCAAGACGACACUACUCAGCAGUGCCUCUGUAAAGACGCCCAGACAGCCAGGCUCCGGGCUCUGCCAGGCUCCUCUCAGAACUGCUUCGAAGCGCCCCCAGCUGGUACCCAAUCCCGCCUGCGCCGUUUACAUCAAGUGA